CCGCCAUUAGUGCUGACAGCCGAUUCCGCUUCCGGCUGCUGGAAUUGUGUUGUCGCAUGUGCGCAGUGCAGUGCAAGGUGAGUUUGAAUUUGCAUACACUGCUGUUUUGAAUUGAAGGACUCGCACACACAAUGGAAGACAAGAAGUGUUUGGCAUUUUCCAUCAUCCAGUAUUUACAUGACCAGUUACAGAAUGGAGGGCUUUCCUCAGAUGCGCAAGAGAGCUUAGAAGUUGCAAUCCAGUGCUUGGAGACUGCGUUUGAAGUUUCUAUUGAGGACCAGAGUUUGGCUGUGUCUGAGACGCUCCCGGAAUUAUUUGCAGCAGCUACUAAACGGGAGUCCUCUGAAGUAAAUCCCGCUGGUUCUUCUGUGUCUGAGGAGGAUAUAGCAGAAGCUGAGAGGCUGAAGACAGAAGGCAAUGAACAGAUGAAAGUAGAAAAUUUUGAAAGUGCUAUCUCCUACUACACAAGAGCUCUGGAACUUAACCCCAAAAAUGCAGUUUACUUCUGCAACAGGGCUGCAGCUUACAGUAAGUUGGGAAACUAUGCUGGGGCAGUGCGGGACUGUGAAGAAGCUAUUGGAAUUGACCCCAGUUACAGUAAAGCCUAUGGCAGGAUGGGGCUUGCUCUUGCCAGUUUGAACAAACAUGCAGAAGCUGUUGGCUUUUACAAAAGAGCCCUGGAACUAGAUCCAGACAAUGACUCGUACAAAUCCAAUCUUAAGAUUGCUGAACAGAAGAUGGAGGUUCCCAGCCCCAUGUCUGCUCCUGGAGGGUUUGAUCUUGCUGGGUUGCUGAAUAAUCCCGGAUUUAUGAGCAUGGCUUCGAACCUCAUGAACAAUCCUCAGGUGCAACAGUUAAUGUCGGGAAUGAUCUCUGGCCCUCACAAUCCCAUGGCUGGGGCAGGGGCAGGGGCCGGGGCAGCUGCAACAGGGAACCCAAAUCCUACUGACUUGGCUGGUCUUAUACAAGCAGGUCAGCAGUUUGCUCAGCAAAUGCAGCAACAGAACCCAGAACUGAUCGAACAGCUACGCAGUCAGAUUAGAAGCCGGACUCCAAGUGCAAGUAACGAUGAGCAGCAUCAAUGAGAAGUACCAGCACUCCGAAGGAGACUGUAAUAUUUCAUUGGACGUGAGCAGGAAGUACUGUGUGACCACACCAGGACCCGUCUUCCUCUUAGUCUUGUUUGAACAGUGGCUGUUGACAUACCGUGGUGGAAGAAAACCUUUUCUUGCAGUUACCUCAUUUCCACUUGUUCACCACCAUUUUUAAAAGGAUCCAUUAAGUGUCACUUACCACACUGUAGCACAAAGGGCUGAUCUGCUAUGAACAUUUAGUCUUUUAUGCUUCUGUUGCAGAAUAAACCUGCAGUAUGUUGGUGUCCUGCCUUUCUUCCCUCA